CUGAUACCUUAUUUUGCUCUGACGGGCAGAAUUAAACAUACGCUUUGCUCGUCACUCAAAACUUCCCAUGCAAUCUCUGCAGAGUCCUAACAAGGUAAUAUGAAUUUAGUUUAUGACCUGCUGCUCACGCCAGCCUUUGAUAAAUUACACACUGUACCUGUGUUACGUUUUUCUAUGGUACACUGGCAAUUGUACAUGAUAAUUUGCGUUAAAAUGAAAAGCAUUACCCGAAAUGUACAACAUGGUGCUGUCCUUUGACUCGUUAUAAUUUUCCCCGCUUGACACGGUUUUGGACACAUUUAUUCGCCUCACCAGCUCCAUGGGUCUGAAGGACUUCUUUCGUGCCAUCUGCUGUUGUGGUGCUUACAACAAAACGAAAGAGAAAGAGCCUCUUUUAAGAAAUAACCACAGCGGUACCACGUACAGUGCAGAAUCAGUGGCCCUGAGAGAUGAUGAGUGGAACCUGUGGGGCACCCCUCACGACUCCUCACACAUAGAGUCUGAUGAUGACAGAGAGCUGUACAGCCUGAUUGUGACAAGGAACCAGCUACAACACAACACAGAGGAGUGGGAGAAACUUAAUUACGACAUUCACACCCUGCGGCAAACCCAUCGAGAGGUGAGAGGCAGAUGGAGAAAGAUUUUAGAAAAAUUAGGGUUUCAGAAAGAAGUGGAUUCCUUGCUGCUGGUUAGCAAAUCGAGUACAUUGAGUGACCCUGAAAACCUCAGUGAAGUAAAUGAGGUUUUGUUAAAACUGUCAGAAGAGACCAGUUUAUUUCCCAACGGUUUUGGAGUACAGGAAAGGUAUCUUUUUGUACUGGAUCGUCUUGUAUCCCUGGACGCUGCUGAAGAAUUUUUCAAAAUGGCAAAAAAAAUAUAUCCCAAGAACUCUGAAUAAAAUGUGCAACUGUGCAGCCCACCGUGCUAACAGACAUUUGCUUGAUAUUACUCUGAACAUGGAGAGACUAUCAAAGGGAUCUUUUUAUUCUUGCCAACAGAUCGGCCAGUUGGAAUUUCAGGAAGUCACUGAACAUUACACAACUAUUACAGUCUCUAACCCACUAUGCAAGCUGCACAGUGCAUUCCAAUCAAACCUGUGGAAUAUUAACAGACAAAAUGGCUGAAUAUAUGUUACAUAUUUAACAGAUGUUAGUUAUGCUGUAUUGAGUAUGAAUGGUAAGUUUUUAAAUGUAGUGGUUAGACUAUCUAUAUGAAUAUGUAUUCAUGAUUUUAUUAUAUAAAUACUGCAAGAAAAGCUUUUAUCAAAUAUUUACAAAUCAUGACAACAGUUUAUCUUUUUUUUAAUUUAUAUUGUAAGAAAAGGCAAUAAGGUACCAUUAAUGUAAGAUAAAAAAUACAGUAACCUAGUCUCAAAACAAGUAUUCAUAUUAACAGCUAUUUAAGGUGGUUCACUACAGUUUAUGACAUGAAUAAAAAUGUAAUAAUUUGUUUUGAAAAUGAGAUUUCAUGAACAUUACUAUAAAAGUUAACAAGUAAUAGAGCGGUCCUCAUGCUUGUGUGAUUUCUAUUAUUGUUACUGUGUUCUUAUAAAGUGUACAUAUGUUAUUAGUCUGGUUUAUGCUGAGUAAAAUUAGUUUUACAUGAAACUUUAGUCAAUAUUUAUUGUUAUAGCACAUUACAUACUUGCUUUACAUGCUGUAAGUGCCCAUAUUCACUUUAAUGCCUUUUUAAUAAACGAGACAUACAUUUGUAUCUUUAAAAUAAAAAAUAAA